AUGCCUUCUAAGGCCACCAUUUAUGUGACUCUACAGCUUGACGCGUUGCAAUACCCUUCGGGAGAUCGCGGGGCUACGGGCGUAGUCCACCAACCCCCACGCGGAGUUCACAUCCGUCCUGGCGCCAACUACAACCAAGAAACAGAGGACAAGGUUACCGCUGCCAGGGAGAUCGAUUUCCUGCGCAAAUCUGUCGAGCAGCUCACCGAGUCUAACAAGAGACUCGUUAAAACCAACAGCAAGCUGGUUGAUAUCAUCAACGAGCUCCUCCUCAACAAGAAGCUUGCCGAUGCCAAGAACACGGGUUCUGUUGUGAGCGAAGAUGAGCCGCCUCGGGGUAGUCUCCAAGGGUCCGUACUGACGGACGUAAGCCCCAAUGGUAAAGUCGAGGCUCGAGUUCAAGAACUUCUCACAUUCUGGCCCGACGGCUCUAGCCACGAACGCAACCUGGGGUGGUCGCUCCGUUGGAGCUUCAUCAUAUAA